CCCGAUUCUUGUCUAUGCUACUGUGGAACCGAACAAGGCAGAUCUCUGCUAGGUUUUGGCAUAUGCUACGAUAGAGCCUCCUCCUGAACUGGCCACAAGGUGCAACACUUUCGUUGCGGCUUCACUCGACAACAAAGUAUUUCAAACACUUUCAAAUUCGUGAGCAGCGAUACGCACGCCGGUGGAAGGUUUUCGAAAAUACAGUGCGAUUAUUCAGAGCGUUUAGCUGAGGUUUGUCUCGGGAAUAAGUGAUCAUCUCGCGGCCAUCAAGAUGUCACAUAAGAUGUAUUAUUCGGAUAAAUACUACGACGAUAAAUACGAAUACAGGCAUGUGGUAUUGCCAAAGGAAAUGGUGAAAUCAGUUCCAACUACUCAUCUCAUGUCUGAACAAGAAUGGAGAGCUAUGGGUGUUCAACAAAGUCAGGGAUGGGUCCAUUAUAUGAUUCAUAAGCCAGAGCCACAUAUUUUGCUCUUCAAAAGAAAAAUAACAUCUCCACCACCAGAGAACUAAGUCUGUCAAACACGAAGGUGCCAUUUGUAAAUAACACUUCAGAUUUAUAAUAGCCAAUUGAACUAUACAACUGCAUUGGUUUUUAAAAUUGAGAAUAAUAUACUCAAAACACAUAGGCUCACACUUAAAAUUGACUGUUACCAAAAAAAGGCAUAGUAAACGAUAUUUUUCUAAAUUCUUUAUUGCGAGAGUAAUACAAUCAAUAUGGGAAGGCAAGUUAAUCAAAAUAGUAAUUCCAAAAACUGUACAUAUGUCUAUAAAGUCAUUUAGUUUUUAAUUACAGUUUAAAUAGUAGUUAUCUGAAUUUACCAUGACAGCCUGGUAUAUCAUUUAAGCGACUAAAGUAAGAAAUACCUAAGAGUUCUGAUCUUUUUUCUUAAAAUCGUAGUUCUGUAGCAGAGUCAUUCUGUUAAGAAUGCAUUGAGGAUUAAGGGAAAUUGUCAUAACAAUGUGAUUCAAGUGCCUUGCACGAACGUGCUAAUCAGUAGGGUAUAUAUACUUUAGUAUUACACGUUUAGAAUUAUCAUUCCUUAUAUUUAACAAGAAUGAUACGACAAGAGAAAGUGUGCCUUAAGUAUUAAGUUCGUUAAUUACAUAGCUAUUGAGAUUUCAUUAUUAACUAUUAAACAUCAGGUUUUGUGUUUACUACGUAUCUUGCGCUAUACACUUCUUAUUUCACAUCGAGCAAAAUUUACCAAUACAAACAUCUUGUGUACAAUUAUGUUCGGAAACAGCUCUCUAAUUAUUUAGUUUGACACCAUUGUCAGUAUUUCUAAAAAUAAUUACCAUGACUUAGUGUUAGAUGACUGCCAAUUAUUUUUUAUAAACGAAACAUGUACUGCCUGUUCUGAAAUAAAUAUUUGUGACUAAA